AAAUGUGUUCAGGUGGAGCUAAUCACGUGGCUCAACAGGUAAAUCAACACUGGAGGAAACAGGAGCCGAGCUGGGGGAGGAGGAGACCCAGCCGCCAGGACAGAGACGCAGCGAACGGGAAUGAGUGACCUGCCAAUUUGAAAAUGUCAGAGAAAGAGGAGUGCCCUUCUUUAAAGAAAGGAAUUCUAUUAAUUUAACUAAAAUUUGAAGAGCAGAAAUAUAUCUUAGAAGAAAUUGCUGAGUGAACACUGGGUGAAUAGCACUAGUGAGCAGCUGUUUUGUGUGAAAGUCACUAUCACUAACUCAAGAGCCCCGCCAGGACCUGCGUGAACCAGCACACCCACUUGACAAACAAGCCCCAACUGUUUGUUUAGCCUCGUGGAUAUAUGCUCAGUGGCACCAAGUACGCUGUUGAAUUACAAGAUGAUGACCACAGGACAGAGGUGACUUUCUUCAUGACAUGAACUUGAAAAAAGAAGCAGUUCUGACAGAGGCUCCUAUGUUCGCUCUUUGGGAGCGAUUCUGAUCAGGCGCAGAGAAAAAUGGGGCAAAAUACAUCCCAGCUAUCAGCUCCUAAGGGGCAAAAUACAUCCCAGCUGUCGGCUCCUAAGGGGCAAAAUACAUCCCAACUGUCGGCUCCUAAGAGCAGCAAGGAGGUGGCCAGCGUCUGUGAAGUGGUCAGCGGAGCUAUGGUGCAUGCAGCACAGAAGCUGACAGAGUACCUGGGAUUCCAAGAUCCUCAGAGCAAUCUCCGCGCAACUCCCAACACACUGAAUGAGAUCUUUCUCAUCCACUUUGUCACUUAUUGCCAAGUCAAGGGAGCUGGGGAAUGGCUCACCACCAGCAGGAUGAGCGAGCAGCAAGUUUCGCUGUUGGGGGCCGACUGGGUUUGGACCUUUUGGGGACCUGAUAAGCAAAUAAGGCUGCAGCUGGCAGUCCAGACUCUACAGCUGGCGGUGCUUCCACCAGUGGAAUCUCAGCCCACUGACCUCUGCCAUCCAGACUCCAGGGCACAGGAGCCUUCCAAGGAGAGAUGUAGGUUUGAUAAGAUGGAAAGCUUCUGCCAGUUGAUGGGAGAGGAUUGUCUGGGCCUGUUCAUCAUCUUUGGUGUGCCAGGAAGGCCUACAGACAUCAGAGGGGUUGUCCUGGACAGCGUCAGGCAGGAGUUGGAGAGAAGCCAGCUGCCUCGAGGGGAAGCCCUGGCAUGGUUUGUCCUGGAGACUGAAGAUUGCAUCCCCAUUGAUGAGCUUCUGGGUAACUGUCUGAGCACGACGGACAGGCUGAGAGAGGUGGGCAAGGUUUACAUCCGCAUCCUCUGAAUCGGGUAUAUGGCAAAAGACUGAUCUGUAAGGCAUAAGGAAAAACAUACUUGAUGCUGAUCAGCAAGCCCCUCUGCUUACUUUCCUCCCACUGCAGAUAUUGUUUUCCCCCCCAACCCUGUCUCCUAUUGACUGGAAAUGAUUACCUGGGUCAUAUUACCUAGAACAUGUUAGCCUCAUGAUUGUGAGUGAGGGUCUCAGGGGGAGGACGUUGGGUGGGAAAUUACUUUGAUUAAGUGAAACCAGGGAAGGAGAGGAUAAUAAACUCACCAUUUAAGUUUGAUUUGCAAAGAAAAAUAUGUGUCUUUGUUUGAAAUAAGCAUUUGAAAAGGUGAAAAGGGAUUUUGUUGGUGUCAAAAUGAGGGGGUGGGCAGCUGAGACAGGAGACCACAAACAGGUGUGGUCAUACUGACAAAACCAGUUCAGCUCAGGACUCACCGUCAGACUCUACACGACCCCCUCCCCAGCCCUGCUCUUCCCCUCUAGAGAGGACGCUUGAGUGUUAGCUUAACCGAUGGGUUCAGCACAGCAACCCAUGUAACUUGCAGUCAUCACCACCAUUUAUUUAGCAUUCGCAGUAAGGACAGUGUUUUCCUGAGUAAAAACCACCUUUGCUCUAAAGCCUGGUGGGAUUAUUACAGUACUGUAGGGGCAGAAAAAUCAUCUUCCCUCUACCCUUCUAGAAGGCAGAAGCCAAAAAUGCUUAAAACUGUCAGUGGAAGAGAAAAUGAUGAACACAUGACAACCAAGUGCCUGGUGCUGCUCUCUGCCAAUCCCGCACAAAAAAACAAAGUCCUCCUUUGGGAAGUUUCCAUCUUAUUGGUGGAAGAGUUAUAAUACACAAAUGUAUGUACAUAUACUUUAAAUACAUCUUUAAAAAUACAGAUCAGGGAUGCUACAAAGAAAACUAAAACUCAGGUAAGGGGAUAGAGUGGAGGCAUAAAUUGGGUGGUUUUCAACAAGCAGAUGGACCCAGGGGGAUGAAGCUCAGUGAAUUACAUGAGAUGAGAAACACAAAUACUGGGUGAUUUCACUCAUGUGGGCUCUGAAAAUAUGGACAAACAAAACAGAAGGAAAAGUCUUAGAUACAGAAAAGAGGUGAUGAGAGGGGAAGGGAGUGAGGAGUGGGUAAAACAAGUGAAGGGGUCAGUUAUACAGUGAUGGUGAUCAUGAUGUUAUAUGGUGAAAGUAGGCUUUUGAUGGUGAUCCUGAUGUUAGAAACAGAUGAUGGAGUAUAAAAUACACCUGAAACAAUGUUAUAAACCAAUGUUACUUCAGUAAAAGUAUUUAAGGGAAAAGGGGUGGUUAAGGAGUGCCUCCCUGUAAAGGGAGCAGUUGACCAGAGAUUGGAGUGGAGAGAAAGAGGGUCAGUGCAGACAUCUGGUUAUGAGUGUUCCGGACACAGCACAAAGGCAAAGUACCUGAAACAAAAGUGGAUCUGCUGUGUUUGUGGCACAGCAAAUAAGGGUGGUGUGAGCCAAGGACUUGAUGGGAGAUUAGGUCAGAGAAAUAGCCAGCAGACAGACCAAGUAGAUCAUCUUUGCAAGGAUGCUAGAUUUUAUCCAGAGUGAUA